UCCUUUUCGUCAACGCACAUCAAUUUCAUUCCAUCACUUCGCAUAAUUGCUGCAAAAGAAGGCCGGGAUUAAGAGAGAGAAACAAAGGAGCGAGUUUUAGGGAGAGAAAAACAGCGAGUCAACUACUGUCCAUUUCAAACUUCGAUCUCCAAUGGCAACCAAAGUUUACAUUGUGUACUAUUCUAUGUACGGACACGUACACAAGCUGGCAGAGGAGAUCCAGAAAGGAGCUGCAUCUGUUGAAGGUGUAGAGGCUAAACUCUGGCAGGUUCCUGAGAUACUUUCAGAUGAAGUGCUUGGUAAAAUGAGUGCACCAGCAAAGAGCGAUGCUCCAAUCAUUACUCCAAAUGAGCUAGCUGAAGCUGAUGGCUUUAUAUUUGGGUUCCCCACAAGAUUCGGAAUGAUGGCUGCUCAAUUUAAGGCUUUCCUCGAUUCAACUGGGGGUCUAUGGAGAACUCAGCAGCUUGCUGGAAAACCUGCUGGCUUAUUCUUUAGCACAGGAUCUCAAGGUGGUGGACAAGAAACCACUGCUUUGACUGCCAUCACUCAGUUGACUCACCACGGUAUGAUCUUUGUCCCAAUUGGCUACACAUUUGGUGCCGGUAUGUUUGAGAUGGAGAACGUCAAGGGUGGAAGCCCCUAUGGUGCUGGAACUUUUGCCGGAGAUGGUUCAAGAGUGCCAACAGAGCUUGAAUUGCAGCAGGCUUUCCACCAGGGGAAGUAUGUUGCUACAAUCACAAAGAAGCUCAAAGGAAGUGCUUAACUGAUUUCUAGAUUCAUAAACAUACACCGGAUCAUACGUUACUCAUUACAAAUCAUACACUAUUUGUUUUCUUUUCUAUUUUUGUGCCUUUUCUGUCUUCUUUAAUAAAUGCUCCAUAUAUGUUUUCUUUCUAUUUUUGAAUGAUAAAGCUUGUGCUAUUUUUUCUACAUUGCGAGUUUGCUACUAUUUGUAAGUAACGUUUAUUACCUAUUUGCUUGUUUAGACCGACUGAUCAGAGGUUUCUCCAUUUUUCCGUUCA